AUGUCUUCACCUUUACACAUGUCACUGUAUGCCGACUUUAAAGAACGUUCUGGUUACUCGAAAUCUGCUGCAGGUCCACAAGCGCCAGAUUCAAUGGCCUAUUAUGCCAAAAUACUCCUUUCGCUCUCACAAGGGGUCGUUCACCCAACGAAUGUCACGCACAAAUUUCUGGGCGAACAUAUCGAUCCUCUCUUGCUUGUGGACACGAGUCCUUCAUCAUCUGGGAUAGCGGCACAUUCUGAAGCACAGUCUCGCGGUGAAAUUUCUAAAAGACCGUCUCGCUUCAUGGUCAAGGCCCCGAAACCCAAAAUCACGCUGACCGAGCUUGCCAGCAAGAUGGAGAGCUCAUAUCGUGGAUUUGCUCGUCAAGCUGUGGCGAUCUCAGACACUCUGCGGGAACUGGACAACAACAGAGUACACAAGAGAGAGCGUACUGAAACGUCAACCAAUACCGGAUAUCAACGUAGCUCAAAGAGAUUGGCAAAAGCCCACUCAACCCGUACUCCUCGCUCUAGGAAACCGAAGCCGAAAUCCAAUGACGAAGUCACAAAAAAGGGUUCUGCACCCAUUUCAAAUGCAUCCAUCCAGCCAUCAAAACAAAGGCUACGACUUUGUCGGGCUAAUCAGAUCAAAUAUUGUGGUUUGAUGCCGGACGAUCGUGAUUCAAAAGAGAACCUUGUUUACGGUUCUUUGUUGGGUGGAAGUGGGGAAAGGCAAAGUGAUUUGGUAGAAAAGAAAUCCUCAUAG